AGGGCGGGUUGGCGGGUUUGGUUCCGGAUGAGGACUCAGAACCCCCCUGGUGUCUGGCGUCAUCAGUUCUGGGUCCUGCCCCCUCCUGGUUCUGCCUCAGACCCGGGUCAGAACCGUCAGGAUGCGGAUCGUCGAGUUCUGCGGCAGAGUUUUAUCUCUGCACCUUUUCCUCUGCGCCCAGUCCCUGCCGGUACCGGACCGGAGCUUCGGGACCAGACUGCAGGUGUUGGACCGGAGCACCGGGACCAGACUGCAGGUGUUGGACCGGAGGACCGGGACCAGACUGCAGGGACCGCCUCAGAACCCUCAGGUUCUCCUGAAGAACCAACAGGACCAGUUAAAGUCCACUCUGGGACCCAGAAAUAGGACUGAGUUCUGGGCCCGUCCCCACUGUGGCGUCCCUGAUGAUCCAGUGACGAAGCAGCGCCAGAAGAGGUUCGCUCUGUUUGGAGGACGCUGGGACAAAACGGACCUGACAUACAGGAUCACUCGGUUCCCCCGGCACGUGAGUGAGGACAAAGUCCGGAGCGUCUUCAGCGAGGCCUUCGGGGUUUGGAGCCACGUGACUCCUCUGAGGUUCAGGGAGGUUCUUAACGAAGACGCUGACAUCAUCAUCGACUUCAACAGGUUCUGGCACGGGGACGACCUGCCGUUCGAUGGUCCAGGAGGGGUUCUGGCUCACGCUUACUUCCCUCGGUCCCAGAAGGAGGGGGAGGUCCACUUUGACUACGAUGAGAGCUGGACGGCUGGGGGGAACAGCGUGGGUACGGACCUCCUGCAGGUGGCGGCUCAUGAGUUCGGACACGUUCUGGGUCUGCAGCACUCCCUGGAGCCCGGCGCCGUGAUGUGUCCCUUCUACAGCGACACCUACCCCCUGCAGCUGAGCGAGGACGAUAAGAGGGGCAUCCAGUACCUGUACGGACCCCCCCUCCACACACCCCCUGACGGGACCCAGACCAAUGACAUCCAUCCAGAACUGCCGGACGCCUGCAGGACAAGCUUUGAUGCCGUGUCUCUGAUCCGAGGAGAACUCUUCUUCUUUAAGGACCAGUACGUGUGGAGGGUCCGUGAGGGACGCCUUCAGGCCGGGUACCCCGCCUUGUCUUCACGCCACUGGAGGGGUUUCCCCGACUACAUCGAUGCUGCAUACGAGGACAAGUCCGGCAACAUCUGGUUCUUCCAAGCUGACAGUUACUGGGUGUUUGAUGCUGAGAGGAAGAUUUCGGGACCAGAUCCGGUCCAGAGUCUUGGUCUUCCUGUGACAGACAUCCAUGCAGCUCUGAGGUGGGACGAUGACCAUGUUGAGAAAGCUUUCCUCUUUAAAUCUCCCUUCUACUGGACCUUCAUGGUUCAGGAGAACCAGGUCAGUGAUUCACAUCCUCACAGCGUUCAUGAGCUGGCCGGACUGCCGAGCUCCAUCGAUGCAGCCUUUCUGGACCGAUCCGGUUAUGCUAACUUCCUGAGUGGACUGUCCUACUGGAAGUUUGACCCUGUGGCUCUGAAGGUGCUGGAAGGAUACCCUCGCACCACUGGCACAGAUUUCUUCAGAUGCUCCAGCUGAAGAAAUACAAAUCUACCAACCAACCAACCAACCAACCAACCAACCAACCAACCAACCAACCAACCAAUCAGUCUACUA